AUGGCAUCCAGCGGAAGUAACAGUUCGGCUUCUCAACCGAGACUCUCCCCUUGGGCGUCAUACAAUAACCAACUAGUUCCUCUUCGUACAUUUGACCAUCAAGCACGUCAACCCGCAACACCGCGACACUCGCCAUAUCUAACUGCGAACAUGGCACGCUCGACAAAGAAAGAUGCGGCCAAACCCUCCGCAAAAAACAAGGGCGCGACAUCUCGGAAGAGAUCUACGGAUGACAUGGAUGAAGCAUAUGUCUUGGACAUAUCCAAUGCCUGGAAUAGGAAAGUCCGACCCCGCUUUGGUGUCACGCGAGGAAUGUGUGUCGACACACCUCCUACUCAGUCCAAACUUGGACCUUCGAGCUCUACCCAAGGUCGCGGUCCAGAGCAGCCAAAGAUGUCUUCGACCCUCGCAGUUCUGAUUCCUCUGAAGUCAUUUUCCAGUUCUGUGGCUCAAGAUAGCGUUCGUCAACAUACUCAGGAAUUCAAGGACUUAUCAGCCAGCGUGAAGGCCAAAUAUCCUGACUCUUUCCAGUUCUUACAGAAUGCUAUGAGUCCAACUACUCCAGCAUCCAUCGUUCCAGAGGCACAUGCCUCAAAGCAUCCUGCUUCCAAACCUCAUUCCCUAGAAGCUACUGUUUCAAAACUGACGGCCCAUGCUCGACAGACUCAGAAGACUGGAAUUCAAACAGCCAGCAAGAGGGUCUCGAACGCAGUCGCGAAAGCAGCUCCUCGCGAACCUUGCACCCCGGCUAAGACUCCGCGUUCUAACCAAAACAAGCGCGUAAAGGUUGAGCAGUCUCACAACUCUACUGAGCUUCCAACUACUACAACGCCUACCACUCGUUUCCCGCUAAUGAGCCUACCGACUGAGAUACGAUUAAUGAUCUACGAAUACCUGGUCCCGGACAAAUUGGUGCCUUCUUCUCGGACCUUGGUUGCUAGAACGUCAAGGAACUCCGACUUUAGGUCUCUACGGCAUGAUGGCGACAAGUGUUAUCCUGCAUUACUUAGAAGCUCGAAACUCGUGAAUGCCGAGGCGUCAUACCAGUUCUUCAAGUCAGCAGUCUUCCAGAUGAAGGUCCAAUGGAAUACGAUCACUUUCCUUCAACAUCAGCACAACGAAUUCUCACUUCCAUCGUCGCUGGCCCACGUAAAGCAUCUCCACAUUUUCUUGGAGCUGACCAUGGCUUCAGUGGGAGGAUACUCAGGAGGACCAAAGCCAGCCAACGAACUUGAGAAUGCGAAGCAACAGCAGUUCUUGCGAAUGAGGAGUAACCUACAGUCUAUCGGCACAGUUUUGGCAAACGCCAAAUCAAUCCGAAGCCUUGGCAUAAUCAUUGUUGAUAAAAAAUUGCGGGAUGAUGACGUUUUGACGAAGUCGCUUCCAGCUAUUCUUGACCCCUUCAGAGGUCUCGUACGAGGCCAGAAGUUUGGCCUUUGGUUUGACGGCGACUACCGACGUUUCCAAGAGCAUCUCAGGCCUGGCAUGAACGUCGCAUCACAUACGUUGUUCACAGCAGUUGCAGAAGAGAUCUGCCCUAAUGUCGAACUAGAAGUUGGUUUGCAGUGGGAUAUGGCAAACGCACUUCGCCUCCUCAGAAACUGGAUCCAGGGACUUCAUAUUGAGAUUCCUGAGGCUAAAAGAAGUGAGCUGCUCGAACGCGCAGAGGGAGCGGCCAACGGGAACAACCUUGAUAAUUUCAAGAAGACAGUCAAUGAUACGCUCGACCUUUGUCACGCAUGGGUUCAGGCUGAGCAUAAUAGGCUUAAUCAACGACUACCCAACUUGUGGGCCCAAUCAGGGAAAAUGCUCACCAUGAAUCAGCAAGGCACUCCCAAAUACAUUGGGAAGCAAGACAUAGGCUCGAAAGAGCUUAGAAAGGCCAAAGAGCACCUUUUCCUGGUCCAGAAGGCAGUCUUUGACUUGGAGGUGAGGGCAUAUGGUCAUAAGCUUGACUACUCUACCCCGCCUAAAGAGGGCGUGGAAGUCACGAAGAAGUGCAAAGAGGUUCUAGCCGAGUCAAAAAUUGUUGCAGAGAGGCUUGAUUCUUCCCUAGCCCACCACGGCGGGAUCUUUGCGGAUCUCGUCAAGGUCGAGAAGAAAGUGAGACACGCCAGCAAGAUCAAGCGCGCCCGGAUUCAGACACAGGACAAACUCCAACCUCUAUAGGCCAAUGGAUCUGGUGUAGAGGCUGCAUCCCAGUCGACCUCCAAAGAGCCCCAAAACCAUUCCGGUUCCUAGUCGGAUGCCGUCUCACUCGAGCCUUUCCUGGUUAGCAGCUGGCUCACAUCUUCCCCCCUCUCGAAAAGUACUUUGCUGGCGUGCGUUGAGAAUACAUAUCUAAGGCCUAUCUAUAUCCCCUUUCCCCAUUCUGGCCAUGGACUAUCACCACAUUGAGCACUCCUGAUUUUGCACUGAUUAUUCCCUUGCUUUCCCAUUCUACAGGUUUUCUGAUUUAUUGCUUUCAUUCUACUUUUCACCCCGACUACAUUCUCAUUCCCUCAAAAGCUUUGCUUCUUCUCUCAUUCCCUACUUCCAAUCACGUCUCUUUGACCUUCACACCCCGUUUCAAUAUCUGUAGAUAGUCUAUUCCAAUCUCAUUCCAAAC